GAUAUAAAUAGACUAAAAGCUGUUUAAGGACUGUAAAUGGGAGCUAAAUUAGGGUUCUGUUUAAGAUGCAAACAAAACAAAUUAUUUAAUGGGAGCUGAGAAUAUUUUAUACUACUGUAACUUUUGUACCUACUAAAAGUUUUUUAUGGUUUGUUGAGAGUGAAUUUUGGAUGGCGACAGCAUACAUUAAUGGAGUCAAGCUAGGCCAUACUAGUGGAGUGGAGUGGAGGAGAAGUGAGGGAAUGUGCAGGUGGGAAGGAGAUAUAGCAGCAGAACAUGGCAAGAAAAAAGGAAGGGACAGGUUGUCUUUCGUUUGUCGAAAGAGCUGGUACAGAAUUGGUCAUGUUUGUCAAUGUUAAGACAGGGGAAAAGUUAUGGAUUCAUAGUUUAGACUGGUUGAUGGAGUACUGGAUUAUUGUUUUGGGAAUGGAGCCAUUGCUUUCUGAUUGGAUGGUGUUUUGUUUCUUCUCUUGUGGGUUCAUGGGAAUGCACAUUCUUUUGUCUGGGUAUCAGCCAGAUAUGGACCUACUUGUUCUUCUUUACCACAAAGUUGAAAAGGAAAGAAGUCUUUUACCCAUCAAAAUACCACCUAUAGCAUGAUGCAUGGAGAUGAAUUGUCGUCUUCUCCUAGCGAAUGAAUGCUUUUAUAAAAAUAGCAAUAAAGAAUUGUUUUUUUCUGUGAAAUGGGCAGAGGUUUGCAGUGGCAGAAUCUCCAAAAUCUCUCGUGGGUUGUUGAGUUUUUUUGAGCUUUCCCUCCAUUCCUGCCUUGGAGAAUGGGGGCAUUAGCUGGUUCAGCAUAAGAAAAAUAGUAUUCCUAUGGUUUCUCAAAGCUUUCGGCAAUCUCCUAAAACGGGAAAACCAAUGUAAAGUGUAGUGUGUCCGCUUGCUCAUUUUGUUUUAUUUUAAAUGUUGGUGAAGGAAGUGGUGUGAUGGAGCCUUAAACCUUACUUCGCUGCUGAGCCUACUUUCACAGACUUCAACGCACAACUCACUGCUGAAUAUGAUGGCCAUCUCUGCUGCUGGAGCUGCCUUUUUUAAAUCUACGUGGUUUUGAAAUUCUCUGAGGGUUUCAUUACCUAUCUUCUCGAAUUUGAACCCACAAUGUGAGUUCAUUUCUUUGUUGUCGGCUCAUAAUAUAUAAGCCUUUGAGACUAGUCCUGCUGCAUUCCAUGCUAGGUCAAGUCAGUCAGUCCGCAACAAUGCUAGGAAACGCAAAAUGCUGCAAAAAACCCAAGGCUUGGGAUUUCAACCGCAUGAACCCCUUCUUGACUUUCAUGGUAAUGCUGAUGAUGAUGCCUGGUAUCGACCUGGAAGUAGAUGCAUUGUCUUCUGAUGGAAAAGCUCUUCUAGCUCUCUUGGAAAACACCCAAAUCUCAGACACCAUUUUGAGGAGUUGGAGUCCGAAAGAUGACAAUCCCUGCUCAUGGGAAGGCAUUAGUUGUUCUGAAGAGAAGAGGGUUACUGCUAUAAAUCUCCCUCGCUCCUUCCUCAAUGCCAGUAUUCCUCCUCAGUUGGGCACCUUGACAUCUCUGAAAAUCCUGAAUCUCUCUCUAACCAAUCUCACAGGCGUUAUUCCAUCAGAGAUUGGGGGCCUAACACAACUUGAGGUGCUAGAUCUCAGCGGAAACAGUCUCACUGGUUGUAUUCCUUCAGAGUUGGGAAAGCUCACUCAACUCCAAGUUCUCUACAUAAAUUCCAACUUACUUGAAGGAAGUAUUCCUCCUCAGCUAGAAAACUGUAAGUCUUUGCGUAUUUUUUGCUUGCAAGACAAUAAUUUGAAUGGGACAAUACCAUCUCAACUAGGUAAUUUAUUGAAUUUGGAGCAGUUCAGAUUGGGUGGAAACAUUGAUCUGGGUGGGCUUAUUCCUCCAGAGCUUGGUCAAUGCAAGAAUCUUACUACAUUUGGGGUUGCUGCAACCUCUUUAUCUGGCAGCAUUCCAGCCUCUUUUGCGGGUCUUACAAACCUAGAAACUUUGGCUAUAUAUGCAACUGAUGUUUCAGGUUCCAUACCUGGUGAACUGGGCAACUGCUCUGAGCUAAGAAAUCUUUAUCUUCACAUGAAUCAUCUGUCCGGACCCGUUCCUCCAGAGUUGGGCAGAUUGAAGCAGUUAACAAGCAUUCUUCUAUGGGGAAACGCGUUAGAAGGGCCAAUUCCUCCCGAGAUUAGCAACUGUUCUUCUCUUGUAGUACUGGACUUGUCCUCAAACAAGAUCUCUGGCUCCAUUCCUAGUGAACUAGGUAUAUUGACAGGACUUGAGCAGCUUCAUUUCACUGACAAUUUACUCGUUGGCACCAUACCAAGGGAGAUUGCCAAUUGUACAAGCCUUACAGCUCUCCAGCUAGACAAAAAUCAGUUACACGGGUCACUACCAUGGGAGAUUGGUAAGUUGAAGUUACUGCAAACUCUUUUUCUGUGGGGUAAUGGACUAACGGGCCAGAUUCCUGCAAGCCUUGGCAAGUGCACUGAGCUCUAUGCAUUGGAUUUGUCCUAUAAUCAAUUUACUGGUUCAAUACCAGAACAAGUUUUCCGUCUCCAAAAGCUUAGCAAGUUGAUGUUGCUAUCAAAUAAUUUUUCUGGAGCAAUUUCACCUAUGGUUGGUGAGUGUCAAUCUCUGGUCCGUUUGCGCUUGGGAGAAAACCAAUUGAGCGGAAGAAUUCCUUCAGAGUUGGGUCGGCUUCAAAACCUUGUAUUUCUGGACCUCUUCACAAAUCAGUUCUCUAGAACUCUUCCCCCAGAAAUUGGCAACAUUACAUCUCUGGAGCUUCUUGAUGUUCAUGGCAACCAUUUGACAGGUAAAAUUCCACUUGAGCUUGGUAACCUUAUAAAUUUAGAGCAGCUUGAUCUCAGCUAUAAUAACUUCAAAGGCGAAAUUCCAUCCCUUCUGGGCAAAUUCAAAUAUCUAAACAAACUGAUUCUUAGCAAUAACUUUUUCUCGGGUAAGAUUCCCGAAGCAUUGAAGAAUUGCGAGAAGCUUACAUUGCUUGAUAUAAGCUCAAAUAAUCUUUCUUCUACCAUUCCUGCGGAGAUUGGGUCCAUUACUAGCUUGGCCAUAAAUCUCAACCUGAGUUGGAAUGCAUUUUCUGGCCAAAUCCCUGUGGAAUUUUCCUUUCUGACCCAGCUACAAUCCUUGGACCUCUCUCACAAUCACCUGUCUGGGGAUAUUAAAGUGUUGGGAUCACUCACAAGCUUGACUUCUCUAAAUGUUUCCUUCAAUAAUCUCUCUGGCCCUCUACCUGCAACACCAUUUUUCAGAACCUUGACAACGAAUUCUUUCAUGAACAACGCUGGGCUCUGCCUAUCCCUGGACGGUCAGAUUUGUUCUUCUCUUGAUACCCAACACUCAAAGCAUAUUGGAAUAACCACCGUUCUGGUCUGCAUAUUAUCAGGGCUUAUAGCAGUGGCUUUGUGUACUGGAUGGUAUUUAGUGUUCAAAACAAGCAGGCCAUUUCGGCAGGAGCCCAUCCCAGGUGGUUUUUCUUGGCCUUGGACUUUCAUUCCCUUCCAAAAGCUCAACUUCACCAUAGAGAAUGUUCUUGAGAAUCUCAUAGAAGCUAACAUCAUUGGCACGGGCUGUUCUGGAGUUGUUUACAAAGCUGAAAUGCCAAGUGGAGAAGUGAUUGCAGUGAAGAAACUUUGGCCUUCUAAAAGAGAUGAUGGAAGAGAGCAACAAAAUGCCUUUGCUUCAGAAAUAGAGAUCCUCGGCAACAUUCGCCAUCGCAACAUUGUGAAGCUCCUAGGGUAUUGUACUAAUCGCCGGAUUCAGCUUCUCCUAUACAAUUAUAUACCGAAUGGGAAUCUGGCUCAGCUACUUCAUGAGAAGAGAAAUCUUGACUGGGACACAAGGUACAAAAUUGCAGUUGGAGCAGCUCAAGGACUCUCAUAUUUACACCAUGAUUGUGUUCCUGCAAUCUUGCACAGAGAUGUCAAAUGCAAUAACAUACUUCUGGAUGCAAGGUUUGAACCAUAUCUUGCAGAUUUUGGCCUUGCCAAGUUGAUGAAUGCUAAUGAUUUUCAUCUUGCCAUGUCUAGAGUUGCCGGUUCUUAUGGUUACAUUGCUCCUGAGUAUGGCUAUACAAUGAAUAUCACAGAGAAAAGUGAUGUAUACAGCUAUGGCAUUGUUCUCCUGGAAAUUCUAACUGGCAGAAAUGCUGUGGAAACACGCAUUGGCGAUGGAUUGCAUAUUGUGGAUUGGGUCAAAAGAAUGAUGAAAAGCAGUGAACCUACAUUGAACAUUCUUGAUUCAAGGCUCAGGGGAAUGCCUGAUCCAAUGAUCCAGGAGAUGACACAGACCCUUGGAGUAGCUAUGUUUUGUGUUAACUCUUCUCCUGGGGAAAGGCCAACAAUGAAGGAGGUAGUUGCUUUGUUGAUGGAAGUCAAGCACCCACCUGAGGAGUGCUCUAAGAUGCCAGUCCCCUAAGGUCUAAUCGCGUGUAUGUAAUCAUUUUUCAUGGGACUGAUGAUUUGUAUAUAUGGUAGUGACAGCAGUCUUACUUGCAGGAGAAAUUAAUUUGAGAAAGCCAACUUUAUCUGUAGAAUCAUGUAUUUGACAACUUUUCAACAAAGAAUCAAAGUUCUCUUUCCAAAA